GCGCAGUGCUCUUCCGGUCCUGCGCCGUUUCUGGAGCGGAUUGGAACCCGGAGUCAGGACUCGCUAAAUGAAGGGUGUUUUGCAAAAAAGGUUGGCAUAAUGGCUGAACAAACAACAGAUGAAUUCAUCUGGUGCGAAGACUGUGGCCAGUAUCAUGACUCUGAGUGCCCUGAGCUGGGACCUCUGGUGACCGUCCAGGACUCGUUUGUCCUCAGCCGAGCUCGGUCGACUCUACCCAACAGCCUGGAGAUCCGCGAGAUGGGAAACGGGGUGGAGGGAGUAUUCGUCCUGCGUCGCCUGGUCAAAAGGACCCGGUUUGGACCUUUUGAGGCGAGGAGGGCCCUUUGUUUGGACAAGGAAGGACCGUUCCCUCUAAAGAUUUUCCAGGCAGAUGGUUUGGUGGUGUGUUUUGACUGCAGCAUUGAGGAGGACUGUAAUUGGAUGAUGCUGGUGCGACCUGCCACCAACCACAAACACCAGAAUCUGACAGCUUAUCAGCAGGAUGAUGAGGUUUACUUCAACACGUCCCAGGAUGUGCUGCCAGGGACAGAGCUGAGAGUCUGGUAUGGUGCUUUUUAUGCCAAGAAGAUGGAGAAACCAGUGCUGAGGCCUCCUCUUCAACCGCCGCUGCCUCCCACGGAUUUAAAGUCUUCAUUUGCAAAAAUUGAAACCACCGAGAUGAGCGAAGCCUACAUCCCCCAAGUGGUUGAGGACAACAGUGCAGACAACAUGCUGAGUCACCUCAGUGACGUGAAGCUGGUUACUGAGCUUCCCGAUGAGUCGCCUCUGCCCCAGGAGGAGAGCCUAAUCAGACGUGAUGUGGAGAAGAGUGCCCCCCCCUCAGCUCAGCCUGGUCGCAAGAGAGGGCAGAGCCGAGGAAGGAGAGUAAGGGAACGCAGGCCCGGAGCUGCUGCCACAAGCAGAGGCAGAGAUAAAAAACUGUGUGCAGAUGGGAGGCUGCCGGUGGCGAGCUCGGAGCCAGCGGUGACGGGGGCAGCGAGCUGCGGCCCACAGGCUCCUGCUGCUGACAACACAGCUGUCAUGAAGAGGCACAAAACCAGAGAACACAAGAGGGUGUACCGGUGCUCCCUCUGCAACAAGGUCUUCCAGAACAGCAGCAACCUCAACAGACACGUCCGAUCUCACGGUGAUAAGCUGUUCAAGUGUGAUGAAUGUGAUAAGUUAUUCAGUCGUAAGGAGAGUCUGAAGCAGCAUAUCUCAUACAAGCACAGCAAGACUGCGUGUGACCAGGAGUACAAGUAUAAAUGCAACACCUGCGACAAAUCCUUUCGCCUGGAAAAUGCCUUAAAGUUCCACAAUUGCCGCACAGAUGACAAGACGUUCCAGUGUGAUAUCUGCUCCAGAUUCUUCUCCACCAACAGCAACCUCUCCAAGCACAAGAAGAAGCACGGCGAGAAGCUGUAUUCCUGUGAAAUCUGCAACAAGAUGUUCUACCGCAAAGACGUGAUGCAGGAGCACCACAGGAGGCACAGUGUGGGACCAAAACACAUGAAGCGAGAGGAGCUGGAGGCCAAUGGAGAAGAGGGGACCAAGUACAGGAAGGAACCAUCACCCUGUCCGAUCUGCGGCAAGGUGUUUUCUUGCAGGAGUAACAUGAACAAGCAUCUGUUGACUCAUGGUGAUAAGAAGUAUACCUGUGAGAUCUGCGGCCGGAAGUUCUUCCGCGUGGACGUCCUCCGAGACCACAUUCACGUGCACUUCAAGGACAUCGCCUUAAUGGAUGAACAGGAGAGAGAGGACUUCAUCAAGAAGAUUGGUAUUUCAGCAGAUGACAGCGAUGAAUCGGACGAUGAUGAGGAGGAAGAUGAUCCCGAGCAUCACAAGUACAAUUGCAAGAAAUGUCAAUUGUCAUUUGCAAAAGGCAAAGAGUACCUGAAGCACAUCAGUGAUCAACACAAGGAGAAGGGCUAUGGCUGUGGGAUCUGUAACCGACACUUUGCGCUGAAAGCCACGUACAACGCUCACCUGGUCAUCCACAGGGAACAGCUACCCGACCCUGCAGUGCAGAAAUACAUCCAUCCAUGUGAAAUCUGUGGCCGAAUCUUCAAUAGCAUCGGAAACCUGGAAAGGCACAAGAUCAUCCACACUGGGGUGAAGAGCCAUGGCUGUGAUAAGUGUGGCAAAUCAUUCGCAAGAAAGGACAUGCUGAAGGAGCACCUCAGGGUCCACGAUGACAACCGUGACUACCUGUGUGCAGAGUGUGGGAAAGGCAUGAAGACCAAACAUGCCCUGAGGCACCACAUGAAGCUUCACAAGGGCAUCAAGGAGUACGAGUGUAAAGAAUGCAAUCGCAAAUUUGCCCAGAAAGUCAACAUGCUGAAGCACUACAAGAGACAUACGGGUAUAAAGGAUUUCAUGUGUGAAUUGUGUGGAAAGACGUUCAGUGAGAGGACAACUCUGGAGACACACAAGCUCAUCCACACAGUGGGUAAGACGUGGACAUGUACAACAUGCGAUAAGAAGUACCUGACGGAGUACAUGCUGCAGAAGCAUAUCCACCUGACCCAUGAAAAGGUGGAGGCCCAGUCCUGUGACCUCUGUGGGACUAAGGUAUCUACCCGUGCUUCCAUGAACCGACACCUGAGACGCAAGCACCCUGAGGUGGCGUCUGUGAGGAUUGACGACUUUGAUGAUCUUCAAGAAAAUUUAACAAUGAAUAAUUCAUCUGUUGGCAUUGCACAGCCCACCCUGUCCUUGGAAAAAGACAGCAUGUCCCAGGAUCAGCCUCUUAGACUUCCGCGGCAUCCCAAGAAGAAGCAGAGGGUUUCAGCUGAGCCAGAGCUCUCCGAGUCUGACGACUACGGCGACUUCACCGAGCCCAGGCACAAACCCAUGGUCGAAUACGAUACAGUCAUCGUCGGUGAAGAGACGGAGACGAGUUCUGCUGUGCAGAGCAUCCAGCAGGUGGUGGUCCUGGCUGACCCCAGCGCUCCAUCGGCCCCCUCCCCCAACAGUUCAGUGGGGCUGACCAACAUCACCGUCACCCCCAUCACCAGCCACGCCCCCGCCCAGUUCACCAACCUGCAGCCCGUCGCCGUGGGCCAGCUGACGGCGGGCGACCGGCCGCUCACGCUGGACAACUCCAUCCUCACCGUCACCUUCGACGCCGUCGCCGGCUCCGCCAUGCUCCACAACCGACCUGGAGAACUCGUCCCGGAGACGGUCGGUCCUACGACCGGUACCGCACCGCAGUCCGUCGCCCACUUCAUCAACCUCACCACUCUAGUCAACCCCGUGGGCCACCAGAUGGAGGCUCCCACUCUGGCCUGGAGGCCCGUGCCGGCUGCCGAGGGCAGCCAGGUGGCCCCGGUGGCGGAGGGCGGCCAGGGGGAUAGUCGGGACGCACAGAGUCAGGGUCCAGAGCCGGGGCGGAGCACCCAGAGCCAGCCAACCGCCCUGCAGCAGCAGGGCGGCCCCGCACAGCAAAUGUUCAGCUACUGAGCCAGACACUGGGGGUGCAGGUCGCCUCACAAACCAACGUAGUUACAUAGUAGAGCAGAUUUUUAUGAGACGUUACAGCGGUUGAUCACCCUCACCCAGAUGCCUCUCCAACCCAACAGAAGCCUACGAAAUAUCUUCUUUUUUCCAUUUCCUUUUUUUAUAUGUACUGACAAAACCAAGUGGCUGCUAGUUAUGAGUUGUAGAAACAUAUGUAUAAAUGGUACAUUGAUUCAAAAUCCCUUUUUAUUGACGGUUGAAACCAAAGCAACACAUUGAAUAAUCAAUUGCCUUACCAGCCUUUGCAGACCUGCAUGUUUUACAGAUACAUCUUCAGUGAAGGAAUGAAAUGCAUCAACCUGACAGUGAAGAUAAACAUUGUGACUCGUAGAGCUGAAACACCUCCACCUGAUCUCUGAUUAAUUGCUAUUUUAUAAAUGUGUAAACUAAUUGUUGUUCAUCUGGGGAAAAAAUAAGCUUUUUUUUAAUUCAUAUCAUUUACUGUCAUAUGUUUUCAGAAGAAUUGCUUCUUGACUUCUGUGUGUGUGAUUCUGUAGUCAACAAUCAGCAGUGAUAUUACUGCGGAGAGUCUUAAGAACUUCAGAUAAUAGCUGCGACAUGAGGAAGGGUCGCCCAAUCUAGUUCCUCGAGGGACGCUCGCCUGCAUGUUUUCAAACUUUCCAUGCGUCAGCACACCUGAUUCAUAGAAAUGUGCCCUUAGUAGUAGCCCUCCACGGCUGCAGCUGGGAAACCCUGGCAUAAGUUGAUUGAUAUUAGGAAACAUCAUAUUGUGCACGCUAUCAGACGCUGUGUGCGUUAGUCAUCUGGUUGACUCAUUACCUCCAUUUUCCACAGAACAAGAAAAAACCUGUAUUUGCAAGAGAGUUUUGGCUUUGAUGUCCCAAUGGAUACAAUAAAAUGACUGGUGGUCACAAGUAAGUAGGAAUUACUGAGGGAGUUCAAUUUAUUAUUCAUUUUAGAGUGAGAAUUCAGAUUACGGCAGUGUAGCCAAUCUGUCAGUACCCAAACAUGUCAAGGCUAAAUAAAUUACAAUAGAACAUAUAUGUAAAAGUACUCUCACUAAAACUAUUAUUUAAUAUGGCUGCAAUGAAUUUAAAAAUUAAACCAAAAAAAAACAGAUGUGGAGCACUGAUAACUCCUUGUGCCCACUAAAGCUUGUAUUUGAGUUAU